AUGGAUAUCAGACUGCACCAUCACUUAGCUCAGGAAUUCUACAGACAACAAAUGUUGCAGAGGAUACCAGAUCCAUAUUCAUCGAUCUUCCCAGCACGUCAGCCUCCGGCUAUUCCGCCACGUUUCACGCUCCCCGGUGCUGAAGUGAAACUACAAAAUGCUGAUUUGUGGUCAGAGUUUCAUAAGAUUGGCACUGAAAUGAUCAUCACAAAAUGUGGCAGACGAAUGUUUCCAUCGAUGCGAGUGUCAAUCUCGGGAUUGGACAACGACCAGAAUUAUUGCGUUCUUCUUGAGAUGGUUCCAGUUGCUGAUUGUCGAUUUAAGUUUUCUGGCUCUCAAUGGGUGCCUGCUGGUGGUGCCGAACCUCAAAGUCUACAAAACAUUUACAUUCAUCCCGAUAGUCCCGCUUUAGGUUCACAUUGGCAAGCACAACCCAUCAACUUUAACAAAACUAAACUCACAAAUAAUACUUUGGACAGCAAUGGACAUGUUGUUCUGACCAGCAUGCACAAAUAUCAGCCACGCAUUCACAUCGUUCGUACUUCGGAUCCAGCACAAAUCCCGUGGUCACCUCAGAAAUCAUUUGCUUUCAAUGAAACCGAGUUUGUUGCUGUCACAGCUUAUCAGAACGAUCGAAUAACCAAAUUGAAGAUCGACAAUAAUCCAUUCGCGAAAGGAUUCCGCGAGACGGGACAAUCACGUUGCAAACGAAAAAUUACAACUUCAUCCCAUCAAAAGCAACAAUCGAAAGGCAAUGACGAUUUCUCGCAGUCAACUUAUGAGACAGAACAGAAACGAAUUCGUGUCUUGAGUCCAUCAGCUUUCUCUUCAGGUUCCCAAAAAGAUGAUUCCGGCUUAUCUCUGUAUGAAACUUCAUCAAGCGGAACAAAUUCCCCAUCGUUUGAUGAACGGCUCUUGUCACAAAGACUUCCAUACUUUCCCCAUCAUCCUUAUCCAAUGGUGCUACAACAUUAUCAUCAAAUGAUCAAUAGUCAGUUUAUGAAUCUCGUGCUUCCACACAUGAAUGGCAAUCACUCAAGUUCACAACGACUUGAUACACCAUCAAACUCUUCGUCGACAGACGAUAGACAAAUAGAUGUGAUGACUGACGACACAAACUCAAAUGCUUCUGACGAAAACUCAGAAACUUCUCCCAAGAAAUCCAACUUUUCCAUUUCUGCUAUUUUAGGUUUAGAGAAAAAUCCUUAUUCAUCGAUCUUUCCAUCAAGACAACUGCCGCCAUUACCUCCACGUUUCACGUUACCCGAAGCCGAAGUGAAAUUACAAAAUGCAGAUUUAUGGUCAGAAUUUCAUAAGAUCGGCACCGAAAUGAUCAUCACAAAGUGUGGAAGACGAAUGUUUCCAUCGAUGCGAGUGUCAAUCUCGGGAUUGGACAACGACCAGAAUUAUUGCGUUCUUCUUGAGAUGGUUCCAGUUGCUGAUUGUCGAUUUAAGUUUUCUGGCUCUCAAUGGGUGCCUGCUGGUGGUGCCGAACCUCAAAGUCUACAAAACAUUUACAUUCAUCCCGAUAGUCCCGCUUUAGGUUCACAUUGGCAAGCACAACCCAUCAACUUUAACAAAACUAAACUCACAAAUAAUACUUUGGACAGCAAUGGACAUGUUGUUCUGACCAGCAUGCACAAAUAUCAGCCACGCAUUCACAUCGUUCGUACUUCGGAUCCAGCACAAAUCCCGUGGUCACCUCAGAAAUCAUUUGCUUUCAAUGAAACCGAGUUUGUUGCUGUCACAGCUUAUCAGAACGAUCGAAUAACCAAAUUGAAGAUCGACAAUAAUCCAUUCGCGAAAGGAUUCCGCGAGACGGGACAAUCACGUUGCAAACGAAAAAUUACAACUUCAUCCCAUCAAAAGCAACAAUCGAAAGGCAAUGACGAUUUCUCGCAGUCAACUUAUGAGACAGAACAGAAACGAAUUCGUGUCUUGAGUCCAUCGACAUUUUCUGCUGGGUCAGUCGAAGACAGUGAAUUUUCGACUUAUGAAACGUCUUCAAAUGGAUCAAGAUCUCCUUCAACGGUUAUCAAUGAUGAUCGGCAGUCGCCUUUGUGUUCUCCAAUGAUGUCAACAAAUCAAUAUCCAUACGCACUACAACAUUACCAUCAAAUGCUUGGAGCCAACAGACAAUGGAUGAACCUUGUCAUGCCUUACAUUAACCAUGAACAAUCUUUGAGUCCACAAAACUUGCCAUCACUCACUCCACCAGAUUCACCAACCAAAAAUAUUUCAAUUUCAUGCCCACCACAAGAAGAUUCACCGAAAAAAUCAAAUUUUUCAAUCGCCGCUAUUCUCGGUUUGUAA